UCUGUGGAACUGUCAUUAAUAUUUUUUGGAAAAAUAAAGAUUAUUUAAAUCAUUAAUUAUAUUAGUCAUAAAUUGUUUGAGAAAUGACAAAGGCAAUUAGGGGCUGUGCCCAAUUACCAUUUCCAAAAUUCACUCUCUACCCACUCCGUUGAACAGCAGAGGGAAAGAAGAGAUUUCCUUUCACCCAGGGAAAAAUAGUUCUUUCUUUGCGAUCAAGCCUUUAGAUGACGUAGGUAGAUUCCACGUCGGCUUAGAUCGUAAAUCAGCGUAGCAAAGUUAAAGUAAAGUUAAUAUCCGGAAAAACAGGUGAAAAAUAAUAGAAAAAAAACAUUUUAUAGUAAAUUGGGUGUGUGGCCUCCCUUAAAAUGAAAGGAUAAUGUUUACACAUUAGCAGAAAGAUGAAUAUAACCGAUUUGUUAAGUUCUACUACUGAACAAAAUCAUAACAAUAUGGAUAACAUGGACGUUUCAAUGAAUUACGAUAACUCUGAACUUUUGAGUUCAGAGUUUUUUGACUCGGUUCUUUGUAUGGAAAACAAUUUAAUGGAUUUAAUGGAUGAUACAGGAUUUCUAUCAAAUUUCGAAGAUGAAGUUAAUAUGUCUAGUGAUGCUAGCCAUAGUGAUGAAGUUUUAUCACCAGAAAGUUACUAUUCAGAAAGCGAUAAAAACAGUACCUAUAGCACAGAGAAUACUGAUGAUUCGACUUCAGUGCUUAAUGGGAUAGAUGGACUUGAUGAUACCAUUUUGUUGUCUAUUUGUAAUCCAGUGACAAGUUCAAAUGAUGCCAAACAAAUGCCAGUGGUAGCCACUCCUGUUCCUGUUGCCACAGCUCCUCCCCAAAAACCCACUAAAAUUUUAAUCCAGAAUCCCUCCAACAAGAAAUUUAUUGCAAAACCCAUUUUAAAUGCAACCCAUUUAAAGAAAGCACCCUCCAAAACAAAAACGCAAAUACUAAAAGUGCAUCAGGUUUCAAAUAACGGCCGUCAGAUACUUUUGCCUUUAAGUGUAAAAAGUAUAAAAAUUCUGAAUGCUUCAACUGAUGUUGCUACACUGGCCAGCACCAUAAAACAACGCAGAAUUGAGUCUGUUGAUUCAGUUCUUUCAGAUGAAGAUGACACCAACUUUGUGUCUUCAACAAAUAAUCAAUAUCCUGCUUUGAAUUUGACCAAUGAAGAGAAAAGAUUACUUUCCAAAGAAGGUAUACAACUCCCAAGUCAUCAUCCCUUAACUAAGAAUGAAGAAAGAGAACUUAAAAGAAUCAGGAGGAAAAUACGGAACAAAAUUUCUGCUCAGGAUUCAAGAAAACGAAAAAAGGAAUAUGUUGAUGGUUUAGAGGAAAGAGUUAAGAGAGGCUCAGAAGAAAAUAAGAACUUAUUGCAGAGAGUGAAAGAAUUACAGAGGGAAAAUAAAACCCUUAUCGCCCACGUGAACAGACUUCAAGCUCUAAUCUGCAAAUCUACUACAUCCAAGGCGACCCCAUCCACUUGCCUGAUGGUCGUUUUGCUAUCGGCAUUACUGGUGUCCAUACCAAACAUGCGUUUGUUCGAAAACAAGCAAAUGCCUGUCGAAAACGAACAGGUCAGUAUUCGGAGGUCUUUGCUCAGCAGCCCCCAAACAACCGAAGACGAUUUGAACAUGGAGGAGUUCUUGGUAUUCAAAGAUGAAGAACUUGGCGAUCUAGAAAACAAGUUCGCCGAAGACGCUGUCGAUAUUGAAAACUCCACAGACAAGGAGUUCGCUAAGAUGCUGGACAUUGGCAAAAAAUACGAAAAUUUCGUCAUGGAGAACAACAGUUCUGAUAAGAGUAUUUUCGGAAAAUUAUUCGAAACAAUGAAAAAUGUCUUGGAAAAUAAGUCGGAAUUUCUGGAGAAAAAGCCGCCAGAUUUUGGGGGAUCUUACAAUAACAAAGGAUUCAUUGAGCCAGAUAUAGACGAAUAUAAAGCGGCAGAUGAUGGGCCUCCGUUAAAAAGGGCCAAAUACGUUCAUGAUUAUCCCAAUAUAAAAAGCGAGUCAGUGGUGUCCAGCACCACAAUUCAAAUUUCAAAAGAUAAAUAGUCGUAAAUUAUAUCAUUUUAAAUCUAUAAAAGUUCUUUGUUAUCUUUUUGCAAGUUUAUGUAAAUCGUUCCUGUUAUAUUUUUCUAUUUAUGUUAAGUAUAUUUGUUGCAUUCCAAAUAAAAUAUAAGACCACUUAUAGUUAGAAACCCCAGUAGAAUGGUAACAUUCUUUGGUGAUUUUUACUAUAGAGCCUUUUAUGCUGAUUGCACCAUUUUACUAUUUCUUUAUUAGAGACUGUUAGAUUUUGACAUAUUUAAGUAUUCAUUUUAAUCAAUUGUUCAUAUAACAGAAUUUAUUUAUAUAAGAUAUUGUAGAUAAAUAUGUAUGUACACCCUCAUAGAAUUGAGUUGUAUUUGUAACGUAUGAAACUAAUAAAUUUAAUAACACA